UUUUCGUUACCUUCAAAUAAAUGGUUAAUAUGGAAAACGCUGAAGAGGUUAUGCAAAUUUUGGAGCGUUUCACGCGUCUUAAGCAAAAGGAGAUACCCAAGGAAUUGGACGACUAUUUGCAGUACGUAGCCAAAACCGGUGAUACGGUCUUUAAAUGGGCAAGUCUGAAAUAUCUGUUCCGCGAGAAGCUGCUCAAUGUGAUUAAGCAUUUCCACGAUACAUCGCCUCGUGUAGAUGAGAUUCCUCAGUAUCCGAAUGUUGAUCCUUUCAAUUAUGAGAGCAUGAAAUCGUCGCUGUUGGAACGUCUGGAGUUAUUCAAUGCCGCACCAUUUACCAUUCAGCGUUUGUGUGAGCUUUUGAUUGAUCCGCGCAAACAAUACAGUCGCAUCGAUAAAUUCAUGCGCGCAUUGGAGAAGAACAUUUUAGUAGUGAGCACCAUUGAACCUGGCCGUAAACGUACUGAAAGUGAAAACGGCGAUUCCUUGGAUUCAGUGGUUAACGGUGACUUGUCGCUGGACGUCAAUGUCGAUAUCGAUAUGGAGAAUGAGUCUAUCUUCAAUAUGGAAGCUCAAAAUGGCAACGGUACUGGCAACGGCAAUGGCACAGCAUUGGCAGCUGAUGGAGAGGCAUCACCAGAGUCAGAGCCCAAAGAGAAACCUGUUGCGGCAGAAACGGUGACUGCUACUAAGCAUGCCACAACCCAUGACGAUGUAUUACCGAAUCCGAAAAAAGCAAAACUGGAUGUGGAUGUGAAAGAUGAGGAGAAGGAUGAGGACAAGGAUGAGAAGGAGGAGAAGAAUGAGAAAGCAGCUGAAAAGACUGAAGAAGAGGAGAGCAGCACUUCGGUGGCAAAAGAAGAAAGCCAGGCGAAAGUUGCAGAUGAUAAAGCCAAGGAGAGUGAUAAAGUGGAUGGUGAAGGCGGCACAGAGGUUGCUAAUAAGUCAUCCGCCGAGGAUGCAGAAAUGACAGAGGACGACAAUAAAGUAGAAGACGUAAAAGAAAGCAUAGACGAGACAAAGAAAGAAGAGCAGGCAGAGCUGAAAGAUGCGGUGCCUAAGGGGGAAGAGAGAGAGAUUGAAAAGAGUGCAGAGAAAGAGGUUGAACCUAAAGCUUCUGCACCGGAGGAAAGCAAUACUAAAAAGGAAGUAGCACCAACCGAAGUUAAGGAAGAAAUUGACCAUUUUGAAGCUGUCAAGAAGAGAAACGAAUUGGACGCUUUAGCAAUAGCUGAGGAAUUAAAGCCACUUAUUGGCAAUGCAGAUCCUGCGAUGGUCAGAGUGGCAAUUAAAACAAUAGAUGAAUUUAUUACUGAAACUUCUGAAAAAAUCGAGGUCGAUGUCGUGAAGUCAGUAACUGAUACACCAGCCAAGACAGAAGUUGUAACCGAAGCAGUUGUAAGUGGUAGCGAUGAAGAUAAGACUGAUGACAAAGUCAAGGAGGUAGAGGUAGUGACUGCUAAAAAGGUCGAGGUCAAUGCUGAGGCCAAGGCUGAAGUUUCGACUAGCACCCCAGAAAAAGAAGAGGAAGCGCCAAAGGCUACCAUUGCCGAAGCUGAAGCUGAAGCUGUUGCAGCGGUAACAAAAGAAACUGUUAUUGAGCCGAAAGCUAAAGAUGAUGACGAAUCCGAUAGCACUGCCACGCAAACAAAAGAGCCCGAAAAGACUGAGAAUAAUCCUGAAGCCGCUUUAGAGGUGGAAAAGCCGACAGAAAAGAAAGAUGUUGAAGAUAAAGCCAAUACAAACAAUGAAGCGGAAGCUGUAGUUACUGAGAAACCCGAUGUGGAUUCUUCAAGUAAACCCGCAGUUAAAGAAGAAGCAGUAAAAAUUGAAACUGCAGCAGUUGUCGCAGAAACUCCUAAGGUCGACGAAAAGAAAGAAGUUGCUACUGAUACUGUUACCGCUGCCACCGCUGCUGCAGUCAGCGAAAGUGAAGUACCAUCAAGUGCUGAAGCUGUUGGCAGCACAACCGCUGACAGUGCUAACGCAGUUGAAGAAAGUGGCGUCGCUUCAGACUCACCUGCUGCAACUACAGAAGAACUCGCAACCUCUGCCGAAGCCAUUGCUUCCGUUCCUGCAGCUACACCGACGCCAACACCUAUGCCCACUCCAACACCCACUUUAGCUCUUAACGAUCAGCCCAUGGAAGAUGUGCCGAUUGAAGAGGCCCAACCCGCUGUUGAUGAGGUCGUUAUGGCCGAUACAAGCGCCGCCACUGAAAUGGCCACUGAUGCCAAUGAACCUUCACUGCCAGCUAAAGAUGAACCAGCUGGCAUGGAGGUGGAUGACACCAGUCAGGAGGCAAUGGAUCAGUAAUUAUUUAUUAGUGGCAGCACAACAAAACUACACAG